GCGAGGCGCCGUUGGAAGGCCCCGCAGCGAGCCGCGGCCUUUCCUGACCGCGGUGGCCGGGGCCGGGCCGCUGCGCGGCGGGAAGCGAGCAUGGCUCAGAGCGGGGUGCUGCUGACCCGGGAGCCGGCGCCGCAGGCGGUGCCGGUGUCCGAGCUGCCCCUGAAGGUGUACGAGGCGGCGCUGAACACGGGGCCGGACUCCUCGUGCGGGCUGGCCACGGCCGGCUUCCGCACCGCCAAGUACCUGACCGAGGAGUGGCACCAGCACAACUACGCCCAGUACCACCAGGCCUUCGCCGACCGCGACGGCUCCGAGCGCUGCCGCCACGAGUCCCAGAGCCUGGCCGCCUACGCCGCCGCCCUGGCCCAGCGCACCCAGGCGGACUCCACCGCCAAGCUGGGCCAGCGCCUCCAGGACACGCACUUCUGGAAGGCCGAGCUCCAGAGGGAGAGCGAGGACCUGACGGUCGAGACCGACCUGCUGGCGGCCCAGAAAGUGCGGCUGGAGCGGGCGCUGGACGCCACCGAGGUGCCCUACACCAUCGCCACCGACAACCUGCAGUGCCGAGAGAGGAGGCAGCCGGCGGACCUGGUUCGGGACCAGGUGGAGACGGAGCUGCUGAAGGAAGUUGAACUUAUCAGAAAUGUACAAGAACUUCUGAAAAGAACUUUGAUGCAAGCUGUUAACCAGAUGCAAUUAAAUCGAGAUCACAAGCAGAUUUGUGAAAUGGAUUGGUCUGAUAAAGUGGAAACGUACAACAUUGAUGACAAAUGUGGAAGAUACAAUAAUCAGAGCACCAACAUCCAGUUCCGUCCCAGCUCAUCAAAGUUUGAGGAAAGUGCCUCAACGCCUGAAACCUGGGCAAAAUUCAGCCAUGACAACAUCUAUAGGGCAGAGCGAGAGCGACUGGGUUCCAUCAACCUCCGUUCAUUGAUUGACAAUAUCCUGCAUGACACAGCUGAGGAUCUGCGCUUGCAGUGCGCUGCCGUUGAUGAGGCUUUUGCUAAACGCUGCGAAGAGAUGGAAGAUGCAAAACACAAACUGGAACAUCAUUUGAAAAAAACCCUUAAGGAGAUCGGAGAUCAAGAAAACAACAUUGCUGCUCUCAAACAAGCUAUUAAGGACAAAGAAGCUCCACUGAAAGUGGCUCAGACAAGGCUGUAUGACAGAUCUUUUAGGCCCAACGUUGAGCUCUGCAGAGAUCCAGCACAAUUCAGGUUGAUCAGUGAAGUUGAAGAACUGACAGAGUCCAUUGAGUCUCUGAAGCAGAAACUACUGGAGGCUGAACAGUCUCUGAGGAACCUGGAAGACACGCGGAUGAGUCUAGAGAAGGAGAUCGCUGUGAAAUCGAACAGCAUUUUUAUUGAUAGGCAGAAGUGCAUGGCCCAUCGCACGCGAUACCCUGUUGUCCUUAAACUAGCAGGUUACCAGUAGCAAUACCUUCUAUAUUAAUGAUGUGAAGAUUGGUAGAAAAUCUUAACCUAAGAUAUUUAAUUUUAUAAUAAGUGUGUAAUAUUAUAGUCAAUAAACAUAAUUUGCUGUUAAUUUUCUUUAUUUAAAUAAAAAUGCAUAAGCAGAACAUCGCAGUUGGCUGUGGUUCUUGCAUUUGCAUUCCACCUAAAAUUUGAUCUCUGUUUUCUUUAUGCUUGCGUAGUUCAUACAGUAUGUGAUGUUUCAGGGCUUUUUCCCUCAGAUCAAAUAAAUGAACGUGGGGGUUUUGGAACAAAGAAAGGCUUUUCUAGCUUUUCUAGCUUUUUCUACUCGAACUUUAUAGUGAACAAAUAAGUGUGCUUGGGAAAUAGAAGAACACGCACUUCAGUAAGGAAAUAGAUUAAAUAGAUUUUAGUUUCAAGCAGCCCAAGGGUUAUGAAAGUAAAAUUGUAGUUUUCACAGUCAGGUGACAAUCUGAAUACUAACUACACAAAGCAAACCCAUGAUACCUGGAUGUAUAAUCUGGUAUUGAAUGAAAUGAUUUUAAACAAUCAAAACCAAUUCAGUUUACUUUUAAAGAGAAGCUAAACAGCUAGUGAACAGGGAAUGCUCCUUUUUCUCACUGCCUUUACCACUGUCAGAGUCUACCUUUGAUCAUUUCACGCUAUUCCCACUGACAUGAGUGGAAGUAGUGUAUGUGGAUAGAUAGUGAAAUGUAACCCAUGAUGGGCAGUCAAAAGACACAUCAAUUCCAUCUGCAUCAGUAGAACCCUGUAACAUACAUCAUUCAUCUAUCAGGUUACAGGUGCCAGUUUGCUGGAUUUGUGAUAUACAGGAUAAAAGGGGCUAAAUGAAAUAGAUGUCCAUUAAGGCAAAUUCAUUGUCUCCUACAUUACAUAUUUUUUAUUUUUAAAAGGUAGUUUAGAAACUCCUUAACUCUGCAUGGUCACUGCAUUAUUACCCUAAGUAUGAGAGUACAUUCAUGUAACUGUUUUACUCUCAGACAGUUAUUUGUUCAUCCAUCUAUUAUGUUGACACAGGAGGUGCAUAUCAGCUUUGGUCUGUUACCAUCCUGAAAUAAAAACCUACCACUGUUUCUCUGAAAAGAACUACAUCAGUAAAACAUAUUCUGCCUGUGGCUUC